CGACCUGACCGCGGAUAUCCGACUUUGUGCUCUUUGUUUGACUCCUCGACACCGAACGCCGCAGACGGGCCCUGUUGAACUCGCCGUCAAUUUCGCUUAGCUUCCCCCCAGGCUCUUCAGCCACAAUUGGUAUAGCGCAUGAGGCCAUCGCAGAUUGUCAUUCACGUCGGUACACCACCCGAACACUCGCCACGCUCUUCAUCCGACUUCGAGGAGAUACAAUACCCCGUCAAUCAGUCUCCUAGCUGGUCCACUCGUUCCGCUCGCGAGGAGGAACUGCCGCUGCACUACAUGAGCGAGGAGACGGCCCGCCGCAGGGUGCUUCGCGGCCCCAGCGGGAACGGGACCCACCAGGAGCCUAGCCAUGCCCCGGAAAAGGAGUACGAGAUAUACGAUGACGAGGGGAAGGAUGUCUACGCAAAAAUGAAGGACAUGCGAAGUCCUCUGGGCAGCGGACGGCUACGACGCCCACCACCGCCUCCUCCGACUACAGUGAGCGAGUUCUUCCAACAAAACCUAGAGCACAUCCCCCCAAUUGCGUAUACCCUGUUGUCAUGCUGGACACGCUUCCACAGAAUAGGCCAUUCACCACUCGUCAUCUGGGACGAGGCCCACUUCGGCAACGCCAGCCUGUUGUCUGGCUAUGACGGGCACUUCGACUUCACCAGCGGGGCGUCGUACUCGGACAACGUUCCGUACGUGGCUAUGCGGGUCAUGCUGGCGACUUUCGGCGUUGCGUUAGUACCACUGGCAUGGUACACGGCGGUGGAGCUUGGGAUGAGCUGGAGAGCAUGUCAUUUGGCGGCGAUCAUGGUUCUGCUCGACGUCGGCUGGCUCUGUAUUUCGCGGUUUAUUCUACUGGACUCUAUGCUUCUCUUCUUCACGUUCUCUACGGUUUUCUGUCUGGCGAAGUUCCAUAACCAACAAUAUCAAUCAUUCUCAUUCGACUGGUGGUUAUGGCUCGCAAUGACAGGUGCAUCAAUAGGCUGUGUAACAAGUGUCAAAUGGGUCGGCAUGUUUGUAACAGCACUAGUCGGUCUCUAUACCAUUGAAGACCUCUGGGAGAAGUUUGGUGAUCUCCGGAUGACCACGCGCGAACAAAUGAGACAUUGGGGAGCUCGUAUCACAUGCCUUAUCACCCUGCCGCUCGUUCUCUACAUGGCUUUCUUCAAAAUCCACUUUAUGAUCUUGAAUCAUUCCGGACCAGACGACGCAAAAAUGAGCUCGCUGUUCCAGGCGAAUCUUAUAGGCAACACAUUCUCCCAGAAUCCCUUGAACAUGGGAUGGGCCGGUGGCCUACUUCACUCCCACGUUCAGACCUACCCAGUGGCUCGCGGUUACAACCCCGAGGGUCCCAUCCGAUUCCUCGCUGACGGCGACGUUAUUCGGUUCCAGCACGUUGCGACCAAACGCAAUUUGCAUUCGCAUCCGAUCCCCGCCCCCGUCUCGAAGUUGAACAACGAGGUGGCUGGUUAUGGAGACGACAAAAUCGGAGACUUCCAGGACUAUUGGGUCGUCGAAGUCCAAGGCCCAUGUGGACAAAUACACUCGUUGACCACUCGCCUGCGGCUUCGUCAUCAGGCAUUGGGAUGUUACCUUCGUGCUGGCAACGAAAUACUGCCUCAGUGGGGUUUCAAGCAGAUCGAGGUCAGCUGCGACAAGGAGAACAACCCCAGUGACAUCUACACCUACUGGAAUGUGGAGACCCACAUCAACGAACGACUCCCACCUGGUAAUGCCCAGUUCUACAAGACGUCGUUCAUGCGCGACUUCUGGCACCUCAACGUUGCGAUGAUGACGACAAACAAUGCGUUGAUCCCAGACCCGGACAAGGAGGAUAUCCUUGCCUCCAAGCCACUUGACUGGCCAUUCUUGCGCUUGGGCCUGCGUAUGUGCGGCUGGGGUGCGAACCAGUCGAAGUACUAUUUGCUUGGGACGCCGGUGAUAUGGUGGGGGAGCACAUUAAGUCUAUUUGUUGCGGUCGCGGCCUUGGGUAUCUACAUGAUUCGCAAGCAGCGCAAGUACGUGGACAUGGAGCCCAGAGAAUGGGACCACAUGGUCUACGUCGGGAAGGUAGCCGUCGUAGGAUGGGCGUUGCACUUUGUGCCGUUCCUCAUCAUGGGCCGUGUAACCUACCUCCACCACUAUCUGCCUACGCUCUACUUUGCGGUCCUCACUUCUGCUCAUGUGCUCGACCACUUUGUGUUCACCACCCGGCGCCUAUCGGAGCGAACGAAGUGGAUCGUGUUCGCUGUAAUCGUCACGGCAAUCGUCGGCACUUUCUGGUGGUUCCGAGGGGUUGCGUUUGGUAUUGACGACGCCAUCAACGACCACUGGGGACUCAAGUGGCGCUCGACCUGGAACAUGUACGAAGAAUGAGACGGAGACGGACUCACCCUCACUUCCCUUGUUACUACUAUCGUAUCAUAACUUAAGGCUAGUAAGGGUUCGCAGUAAUAUAUUCUGUUCAACUACACAGCA